AUGAGCUUGCAGAACAAAACGGUUCUAACUCCGUUCAUUAAGAGCCUACUUCUCACACCGCCUAAUUUUCCGCCUUCAGAUCUCACUACGAUCCUGAAGCUGGUGGUCCAAGGUCUCGCAUCAGACGUUCAGCUGGCUGCUUUUUUGACUGCUUUGAAAAUGAGCCGUUUGGACCAUAAUCCUCUUUAUGUUGCUGCUAUGGCUUCUGCAUUAUUGGAAUUCUCCUCUCUGAUUCCAAUUUCUGACUCAGAGAACGUCUGGUUCACCGAUAUUGUUGGCACAGGAGGUGAUGGACAGAACACCUUCAACGUCAGCACAUCAGCUGCAAUAGUAGCAGCCGGUAUGGGACUUGAUGUGUGUAAACAUGGUGGUAAGGCUAGUAGCUCAGCAUCUGGCGCUGGUGAUCUGAUGACGUUUUUGGGAGUAGAUCAAUCAAAUGUCACCGCAGAGACAUUUCCGAGACUUCGACAGGCAUCCAAAUUUUCUUUUUUGUUAGCUCCUAAUUUUCAUCCAGCAAUGGCAAAAGUAGCACCAGUACGUGCUCAACUUAAUAUACCAACUAUUUUCAACCUAAUGGGUCCUUUGAUAAAUCCUGCCCCAAUAGCGUCGAGAAUAAUUGGGGUUUACGCUGAAGAUUUGGGCCAGUUGUUUGCAGAAGCAUUCAUUGUGCUUGAUAAAUCCAGAUAUGGUAAGGUAGGAAAGACUAUGGUUGUAUGGGGAUGCUGUGGACUUGACGAAAUAUCUCCAAUUGGUAGAACUAAGACUUGGACCGUUGACCCUGAAACUGAAACAGUUACCGUUGGUUACCUAGAGCCAUCUGAUUUUGGUUUGGCUGAACACACUCUAGAUACCGUCCAAUCAGGAACUCCUUCAGCUAAUGCCGAAACCCUAAUUUCAAUUCUGCAAAAUCAACCUGAGUAUUCUGAGCCCGAUCAUCCUUUGGUUGAUUAUAUUGUCAUGAAUGCGGCUGCUUUGGCUGUAGUUUCUGGAUUAGCUAGUGACUGGAAACACGGUGUAAUAUUGGCUAGAAAAUCAAUAAGCUCUGGAGCCGCAUUGGAACAGCUCCGAUCCUUUGCAGAUGCUUCUAGAGCAUGA